AUGGGUAAAGCAUGGAUCCAGUUGAAUGAUAGAUUUUGUGAUGAUUACGUAAAAGGCGUGACUACUUUUUUAGAUUUUGCAAUGCAAGUAGUUGAUGGAUCUAAUAGAAUUCGUUGCCCUUGUCGCUCCUGUGUCAAUCAUUUAUUCUUCCCUCUUGAAGUAGUGAGAAGACACUUAUUUAUGAAAGGGAUGGAUAAGAGAUAUACGAUAUGGGAGUUGCAUGGUGAGGCAAAUGAAAGAUUUAGAGUUGAUCCUCAUGAUGAGGAUAGAAAUACUACAAUGGAUGAAAUAAUAAAUGAAGGUGUUGAAGAGGAAUCUAGUGAUGAGAUGGAUGAGAUGUAUGAAGAUUUAAAUGGAGGGAAUUUCAUGAAUGAUAUGACAGGGGAGCCAUCAAGUUAUAAUGAAGAGCAAGUAGAUGAUAUAUUUACUCAAACUUUGAGGGAUUCACAACUUCCUCUUUACCCAGGUUGUGAUACAUUCUCUAUGCUGUCAUUCUUGAUAAAUAUGCUCCAUAUAAAAAACUUAACAGGGCUCUCCAAUAAAGGAUUUGACAUGUACCUUCAGCUAUUUAAAAGGGCUUUACCGAAAGGAGAGACACUACCAAAGGAUUAUUAUGAGGCAAAGACUAUAAUGCGUAACUUGGGGCUGAGCUAUCAACGCAUUCAUGCAUGCAAAAAUGGCUGUGUUUUAUUUUGGAAAGAAAAUGAGGAUAAACAAGAGUGCCCAACUUGUGGAGAUUCUAGAUGGGUGGAAAGAUAUGGCAAAAGGCAUAAUAAGGUGCCUAAAAAGGUGUUAUUAUAUUUUCCAUUGAUGCCAAGGUUGCAACGACUUUUUAUGUGUAGAAAGACUGCAAUGCAUAUGAGAUGGCAUAAAGAUGUGCGUGUACCAGAAGAGGGCAUGCUACGCCAUCCUGCGGACUCUGAAGUGUGGAAGGAUUUUGAUAAUAAGCAUUCUUGGUUUGCUAAGGAACCUCGCAAUGUACGUCUAGGUCUUGCUAGUGAUGGAUUUAACCCAUUUGGAAAUAUGAGCAAUGCAUACAGCAUAUGGCCAGUCGUUUUGAUGCCUUACAACUUACCACCUUGGAUGUGUAUGAAGGAGCCAUAUUUUAUGAUGUCUUUAUUGAUUCCUGGACCAAGAUCACCUGGCAAUGAUAUUGAUGUAUUCUUAAGACCUUUAAUAGAAGAAUGUAAAGAUUUGUGGAGUAAUGGAGUGCCAACGUAUGAUGCAUCAAAAGGAGAGACUUUUAAUAUGCAUGCUGCAAUUUUAUGGACUAUAAAUGAUUUUCCGGCAUAUGGAAAUCUGUCUGGUUGGAGUACGAAAGGGAAAAUGGCUUGUCCAAAGUGUAACAAGGAAACAAUGUCUGAUAGACUUACUUUUGGGAGAAAGCAAUGUUACAUGCACCAUCGUCGUUUCCUUCCUCCAUCACACUCGUUUAGGAAGAAUAAACGGAUGUUUGACAAUAAGAUAGAUAAUAAUUCAAAGCCAAAGAAUUUGUCUGGUGAUGAAUUGCUACAACAAAUGAGAUGUAUAGGCAAUAUGGCGUUCGGGAAAGAUCCCAUUACAAGAAAGUCCAGGUUGAAAAAAAAUAGACCACCAGAACAAUUAAAUUGGACAAAGAAAAGCAUAUUUUAUGAGUUGCCCUAUUGGAGAACUUUACUUUUGCGCCACAAUUUGGACGUAAUGCAUAUUGAGAAGAAUAUAUGUGACAGUUUAUUGUGGACAAUUAUGAAUGUUAAGGGGAAGACAAAAGAUAAUAUUAGUGCACGCUUAGAUUUGCAAAAAAUUGGAAUUCGACAUGAAUUGCAUCCACGUCAUGAGGGAGCAAGACAAACAAUGCCUGUAGCAUGUUUCACCUUAUCUCGAAAGGAGGUGCAUUUAUUUUGUGACUUUAUUCGAUCAGUAAAACUUCCUGAUGGUUAUGCUUCAAACAUUGCAAGAUGUGUGAAGGACAAUGAAUGUACGUUCGUGGGGAUGAAAAGUCACGAUUCUCAUGUCUUUUUACAGCGGAUUUUGCCUGUGGGAAUACGGGGUUUCUUGAGAAAGGAUGUGUCUGAAUCCAUUAUUCAAUUGGGACGAUUCUUCCAAGAGCUUUGUUGUAGAACCCUAAAGUUGGAAGUUUUAGAAUCUUUGGAACAUGAUAUUGUUGUCCUGCUAUGUAAGUUCGAGACCAUAUUUCCUCCUUCAUUCUUUGAUAUCAUGGAACAUUUAGCAAUUCAUUUGCCAUGA